AUGAAUAUGAAUAAUAAUAAUAAUAAUAAUAAUAAUAAUAAUAAUAAUAAUAAUAAUAAUAAUAAUAAUAAAAGAGAAUUAAAUGCUUCACAAAAAAACCAAACACUUAGCUAUGAACAAAAUGAAUGUAAAAAUCAUCAAGAAAAAGGAAUAAAAAAAAUAGCCUUUUUUUAUGGCGAAGAAAAUAAUUAUCAAAAAAAAAACUGUGAAGAAUUUUCAAAAAUAUUAAAGGAAAAAUGCAAUUUCAAGUGCCACCAAUAUUGGAAUAACGAUACUCCCUUUUCUUCAUUUACACAUUUUCUAGAAAAUCAUAUAACUAUGGAUGAUUCAAAAAUAAUGCUUAUAGUGUAUAUUUGUAGUAAAGUAAAAAGAAAUGAUUCUGAAAAAAAAAUCUUUUUGGUACCAAAUUAUCAUUACUCCGAGGAUAGCCCCGAGACCAUUGAAGCCGAAGAUCCAAUACAAGAUUUUAUUAAAGAAUUAGAAAAUAAAGAAAAACUAAUGAAAAAUCAUCUAUUAAAAAAGGGUACAAUUCUUGUUUUUAAUGCACUAUUCAUUCUUGAUUUAGAUACAUGCUCCAAAACUACAAAUAGUAUUUCCGAUAUUUACUAUGCUAAUGAUGAAUUUCUUAAGACCAAUAUGAAAAGUUGUGGUUUUCUUUAUUUACCUUUUACUGGGAAACAUCUUCAAAACAAAGAUGAAGAUUUGACAUCGUUUACAAAAACUUUAAUCGAACGAAUAGAAUCAAAUCAUGAAAAAGGUGGAGAGAAUCUUACCUCACUCACAGAUAAAAUGAAACAUUUUCUUUUUCAUGAUUUUAUUGAUAACUACCUAGAUGAACAGGCAAUAGAAGAUUUGAAAAUUAAAUUUAAAAUUAAAGUAGAAGAUGGUUUCAGGUUGAACUUGGAAAAUAAUUUUAGAAUAUUACAGGGUCCAAUAGGGAUAUCCUCCUUUCAUUUUAUUCAAAAAAACCUUGACAUUGAAAUUAAUUAUAAUAAUAAUAAUAAUAAUAAUAAUAAUAAUAAUAAUAAUAAUUAUAAUAACAAUAAUAAUAAUAAUAAUAAUAACAAUAAUAAUAUGAAUAUGAAUAAUAAUAUAAAUAACAACAUUAAUAUUACCAACUAUAUUGAAGAAUAUAAUGAAGUUAUAUACGACGGUAAAAAAAUAUCAAAUUUAGAAAUAUCAUUAAAUGAUAACUAUAUUGAAACUUUUAAUAAUAAUAAUAAUAGUAAUAAUAAACAAAGUGCCAAUAUUUUGGAGAAAAGAGAAGAAGAAAGUGAAGAAUUUGCUAUUGUUGAAAAAGAUUUCUUAUAA